GUAAAGUAGAUGAAGUCGUUCUCACCGCCUCUUAUCAGCUCUUAUCGUGAACGUUCUUUCUAAACCCUCGUAAAAGCAAGGACUUCAAUAGUCAUUCAUGGACGAGAAGUCCUUCCACGUCGACGAUAAGUCAGCGCAAUGGGCCAUUCCAGUUCCCAUUACACACCGACCAGCUGUCACUUCUCCCCGUAAGAAAUGGGGGCGCCGUCUUGCCCUCUUACUGGCUUUCCUGUACACAGUCCAUCUUUUGAGUGAUGUUAAGCGCACUCGCCAUAAUGGACAUGAUGGACAAGAUCAUGGGAUGCUGAAUGCACUGAUGCGCCACGCUCCAAAGAAAGGUAGUGUUCUGACAGGCAAGAAAGCGGAGCAACUGUUCUUGUCCGUACCGGAUACAGACAGUGCCAUCACUGCGUCCCGAGUCUAUGCGGGCAAGCCCCAUAUGGCCGGGAGCGAAGGUGAUUUUGACACUGCAAGAUACUUCCUUGCGCACCUACAGGAAGAGUUCCAAAUUGAUCACUCAUCUUCCGACAUCCCACUGUUCUCAGCCGGUUCUCGCGAAUCUCGCGAGGCAACGUUAUCAAUUUCAUCCCUUGACGAACCCAAGGCUUGGAUUGAUGUUUAUUACCCUAUCCUGAACAGCCCUUUGGAUCGUAGCCUGGAGAUUCUCGGAGACGACGGGAACCCCGUUUGGUCUGCUGAGCUCGAAGAGGUCUCUGAUGAAACUGAUCCUUACGCCUUUCAGUCCGCGAAUGCCGUCCCGACGUGGCAUGGCAUUAGCAGAGGGGGGCAGGCCGAAGGGAAGCUAAUUUAUGCACACUAUGGAAGGCAAAAGGAUUUCGAUGCGCUCGUAGAAGCUGGUGUUGACUUCAGUGGAAAGAUUGUCCUCACUCGCUACGGUGGUAUUUUCAGGGGUUUAAAGAUCAAACGAGCUCAGGAGCUUGGUGCUGCCGCUGUUCUGGUUUACUCAGACCCUCGUGAUGAUGGCACAGUGACAGUUGAAAAUGGAUAUGUCCCCUACCCACACGGGCCUGCGCGCAACCCAACUUCCGUGCAACGUGGUUCCGUGCAAUUCUUGUCUCUGUAUCCCGGAGAUCCCUCAACCCCCGGAUACCCCUCCUACGAAAAUAGCACAAGAGUUGAGGGGGGAAGCAAGCCGACCAUCCCGAGUUUGCCGAUUUCCUGGGCCAAUGCCGAAGUCCUUCUGAAACACUUGGAGGAAGGCCACGAAGGCCCUACCGUCCGUCUUGUGAAUAACGUGGACGAAAAGGUUACCCCCAUCUGGAACGUAAUGGGUGUUAUUCCUGGCCACGUCAAGAACGAGGUAGUUGUGAUAGGUGCCCACCGAGAUGCUUGGGUAACAGGAGCGAGUGAUCCAUCCUCAGGCACUGUGUCUCUUUCAGAGGUAAUUCGCGGCUUUGGGGUCCUAUUAAAGGAAGGAUGGCGUCCUUUGAGGACAAUCCUCAUUACAAGCUGGGAUGGUGAAGAAUUCGGAUUGGUUGGCAGCACAGAAUGGGGCGAAGAUUUCUCGGAGUGGAUCAAGGAUCAUGUUGUGGCUUACAUUAACAUGGAUACUUCUGUAUCAGGGUCCCGUCUCAAGGCCGCAGGAUCUCCCUUACUUGCGCAUCUCCUCCGUGAAACGGCGGAGCAGAUUCCCCACCCUACCUCUGAGGGACGAAGCCUUUGGGACGCUCGCAGAGACUCUGGAACGCUUUUCGGCGAGCAUAUGAAUGCGGAAAUUGCUGCGAUGCACGAAGAUGAACUUAUGGCUGUUGAUAGUAUCGGAGUGAGUCCCUUGGGAUCCGGGAGUGAUUAUACCAUCUUCUUGCAAUACCAUGGUGUGCCAAGUACUGACGGUGGAUUCACCUCGACGCUACAUGAUCCCGUGUAUCACUAUCACUCGAUUUUUGACUCUCAGUACUGGCAAGAGCUAUACGGUGAUCCUGGCUUCUCUCGUCACAUUGCUAUUGCCAAACAUACCGGCCUACAAGUGCUUCGUCUGUCCGGCGACAUUAUUUUACCGUUCAACACUACCCAUUACUCCAUUGAGUUGGAAUCAUACCUCGACAAUGUCGUUUCUAUUGCAGCUGCUGGCUCCUAUGACGUCGAUCUGUCUCCUCUCCGAGGGUCCCUUCACGCUUUACAGAGUGCCAGUUUGGAGCUGGACUCUGCAAAGACUAAGGCGGAGCACAAACUCCGUAAGGUCCUCAAACAAUUGAAGAAGAAGCAUGCUAUUUGCCGCAAGAUUCGUCGCAAGAUUCACAAGGCUUACUGCAAACUCAAGAAGAUAUUUGGAAAGCACAAGUGCGAAUCGAAAGACAAGCACGAAGAUGUGGAGAGGGAACGCUCCCAUAAACAACCUGGUCAACGCCUUCUCAAAGCUAUUCAACGCGUGCAAGCUGUGAAUAAGCGUUUGAUAGCCUUUGAACGUAGUUUCAUAUCGAAAGAUGGCAUUAAGGAUCGUGAGUGGUACAAGCAUCUGGGUGUAGCCCCUGGCAAAUGGUCAGGCUAUGGCGCCACCACUUUUCCAGGGAUCACUGAGGCACUUACUAUGGACAAAAAUGCAACCGCAGCUGCCUAUGAAGCGGGGAGAUUGAAAGUGCUGAUCGAUGACCUUGUUGAGACUAUUCGCCUGUAAAUUUAGAUCAUCAUCAGAAACCCUGUCCACAAUAUGACCAGGCCUAGGAUCGUGAUAUUCCUAACAUAAAAAUAGGGUCUGACAGACCUUUAAUAGUACUGAGAACUGCUGCCUGAGGUGGGUGGACCCUGAGUUUUAUCGGGUUUGCUCCGACACCACACCACAUUAUCCUAAAAAUCAGUAAAAAUCAGAUCCAUGUAGAAGAG